CAAAACCUCAGCCGGACAUCCAGUUGCUGCCGUGAAGGAGAAAGAAGGAAGGCGGCAUCCAGGCGCUCGGGAAAGACAGCGCCGGCAGCCCAGCGGGAGCCCAGGCCGGCAAGCGGAGUCCUCCGGUGUGCGCUGGAGGUGGUGGAGCCGGCCAGGAAGGGUGGAGCAAGAGUCGUGCACAGGAACCAGGACCCCACUGGACAAAGUGCUCCCCCAUGGCCGCCCUUAACGACAGCCGCUUUGACCCCAUAACCUUCGUCCUGACGGGAAUCCCCGGCAUGGAGGCAUCUCACAUCUGGAUCUCUGUCCCCUUCUGCCUGAUGUAUGUGGUGGCCCUCAUGGGAAACGUGUUUCUCCUCUUUCUCAUCGCCACAGAGCGCAGCCUCCACCAGCCCAUGUACCUCUUCCUGGCCAUGCUGGCAGUCGCUGACCUCAUGCUGUCCACCUCCACAGUGCCGGAGAUGCUGGCGAUCUUCUGGUUCGGGUCCAGGAAGAUCUCCUUUGACGCGUGCAUCGCCCAGAUGUUCUUCACCCACUUCAGCUUCAUUGCAGAGUCCACCAUCCUGCUGGCCAUGGCCUUUGACCGUUACGUGGCGGUUUGUGACCCACUGCGCUACAUGACCAUCCUCACACCUUCCGCGAUAGGGAAGGUGGCCAUUGCCGCCGUCGUCAGGGGGCUUGCAAUCAUGUUCCCCCCCAUCUUCCUCCUGAAGAGGCUGCCCUACUGUGGCCACAGCACAAUGCCACACACCUAUUGCGAGCACAUGGGCAUUGCUCGCCUGGCUUGCGGGGACAUCACCGCCAACAUCUGGUACGGCUUCACCACGACCCUCCUGUCCUCUGGCGUUGACGUGGUGCUCAUUGCUGCCUCGUACGCCUUGAUCCUCCGGGCCGUCUUCCAGCUGGCCUGCAAGGAAGCCCGGCGCAAAGCUCUGCGCACCUGCGGCUCCCACAUCUCGGUCAUCCUCUUGUUCUACACCCCGGCCUUCUUCUCCUUCCUCACCCAUCGCUUCGGCCACAACAUCCCUAGCUGGAUCCACAUCUUGUUGGCUGACCUCUACGUGAUUGUGCCGCCCAUGCUCAACCCCAUUGUCUACGGAGUCCGAACGAAGCAGAUCCGGGAGCGGGUUGUCCGGAUAAUUGUGAAGGCACCCUGGCAGAAGGAAGAGUUUCUAGUCCACAAGGACAUGCUGGUGAGGGAAUUCAAGGAGCACGUAGCCCGGCACUUGUCCUCUCCUCCUUCCCAAAUUGUGCUGGUCUACACUGGAAGGAUCUUAAAAGACCACAAGUCCCUAGCCCAGCACGGGAUCCAUCUGGACAGCAACGCUGCUGUUUAUGUCGUCAUCCGGUCCCAACAAGCAGGUCCACCCCGGCAGGUGCCCACCCUUCCAACUGACCUGGGCCCAGACCCCAAAGCCCCCAGGAACGGCAUUUUUGCAAGUGACAGUUUGCGGGAUCUGGCGGCCAGCCUGGGCCUGAACCCCGCCAGUUUCACGGAAUUCCAGAUCCAGCUGAUAUCCAAUCCUGACCUGAUGCUGCAGUUUUUGGAGAGCCCCUUCAUCCAGAGCAAAGUCUCAAGUCCCGAUCUGAUGAAGGAGCUGGCCACCAAGAGCCUCCAGGUGCGGCGAGUAAUAGAGAGGGCUCCCGAGAUCAUCCAGGUCUUCAGCUCUCCUGAAGGCAGGAGGUUGGUGUCGGAGCUGGUCAAGAACCCAGCUGCUCUGAGGGAAAUCAUCAAGUCCCCACCCCAGGCUCACCCUUGUCCCGGGAGCGUCCCCAGUGGAGACAGCAACACGGCCUUGCAGGACCUGCUGAUGGAGCUGCAGGGCCUGGUGCGGAAGGCCCUCCUCAAAGGAUCUGCCCCCACCGUAUUGCCAGGAGUCCUCGGGGGCCACCAGCCCUCCUUUGAGCAGGGCGGGAAGUCUGGGCGGGCCAGGCAGCAGCUGCCUUCCUCCAAACUGUGGCCCCCAAGGUCCGGUGGCCAGAACAUUGGCACGGCUGUCGGCCAUGACCACAGCAAAGGAGAAAGUGGCAACGUGCGAGGGGAAACGGGCCAGCUGGCCUCAGCAGCGGUGAAGAACCUGCUCCAUCAGAUCAUCAAGCACCUCGUGCAGAGCAUGGCCAGCAGCCCCUCCAGGAACCCCACCGGUCAGAGUCUCGGCUCAGAGGGGGCGGGCAAGGCUGCCCAGAAGUACAUGGCUGGAUCCAGAAACUCCCGGGAGCAGAUCCCCGCUCUCUUGCAACAGAUCCAAAACACAGAUGUCCUUCUGGCAAGCUGGAGCCCUAAAGAGAUCCAGGGGCUGCUGGAAAUUCAGCAGAGGUUGCAGGCCCUGGCGACCGAUGAGCCGGCGCUGGAGAGGCACAGCCGAUCAGAGCGCCCCGCCCGGAGGUCGUCUUCCAUCACAUCCCUCUGUGACAUGAUGCCCCUGUCUGGGGCAGGGGAGGAGAAGGGCUUCUCUGCCCCUGAGAUCUGGCAGAGUUUGGCGGCCGAUGACUUCUUCUGCAGCCCCCCCCUCCGUGUCCACCUGCGGGGCUGCUCGGGGCAAGCCUCUUCGAAGCAGCAGACAUACAAGCUCUGAAGCCGCAGGGCUGAGCCUUCGGCGGAGUGGAUGGGGCCCUUCUGGGGUAGCUUCUGUGCAGAUGCGAGAGCUUCAUAAAGGAAUGGAUUUCAUGGUUUCUG